AGGACUACGUUUUAUUGGGAUUCAUGUGGCGACUGUCAUAAUUUUUCUUCUCUAUGUAUUUUUAAUUCCUCGCUAAUUAGUAGUGCAUUUUCCGGAAAAUUUUGGUAUCUACGUGAUCCCUAAAUCCCAUUGGAGUGUGAAGAAAAGUGUUUAGUUGCUGGAAAUCUCGUCUGUGGGGCGGAAAAGUGAAAGAAUGCUGGGAAUUUUGUGACAAAUGCGCAACGACCUCGUCGAGAAGAUCGAUUGAGAAAAGUGAUUUUUUUCUCACGCAUUUUCCACGCAAUUCCUCCCAAAAGCGCCCCCAGAAGUUAAUGCAAAGUGCUUAAGGGGCCCAAGGGAGUACAUUCGGCAUAUUGGGGGCACCAGGGGUGCUGGGGAAAGUACGUAAAUCCCGUGGUAAAUUACGGAAUUGCCAAGUGAUGUCAUGAGAAACAAAAUGGUGUGUGUUCUAUUGUAACAUUUUUUCUCAAAGGCGGAAGGAAUCGAUGAGUGCUGAGUGCGAGAGAAAUUGAGGGUGAAAGGACAAUUGAGCUGUAAGAAUGUUCCCACAAAUCCAAUGUCCCGUGUGCCACCUCUUCCUGCUCCAGGGCAUGACCCUGGAGGCCCAUCUGGAGACCCAUCCCAAGGAGAGUGUCAUCUCUGCCCUUGCCUCAUUGACCAUGUCAAGGGCUCCCGUUGCUUCGACCUCUGUGGCCAUGCAGCCACACAUGAUGGGUAUGGUGAAGCACCAGGGGGCCCCCAUGGGGCAGUCCCAAAACUACAUUGAGAUGCCCCAGGGUAAUGUGAUGAUUGUCAAUAGUCGGAGUACCCAGCUAAUUCGACGUAGAACCACCCAUCAACCCAUAGAGGCAGCUAGUCAGCCCUAUGUGGCUACAUUGCUACCCACUCAGGUGGUCUCUUCAGCGGUUCAACCAACCACUUCCUGGCCAUGCGCCGUUAUGACGGUCAAAAAGCAGGAUUCCUAUAAUUCGUAUUUCCCUGGGGAAGAUAUGAUGCAUCUGGCCGAAGAGGAAGACCCCUACUAUGAGACACAAGAUAGUGCAAUAGAAAAUCAGGAGGAAUGUGAGGUUCAGUGCGAAGAAGAGGCUCCAUUGGAAAAUACAGAAGAUGAUGUGCAAAUCAUUGAGCCAGACACUGUAAAGGUGCCUGAGAUGAAGACUGAUGAAAAGGUCAGCAAAUCUACUGGCUUCCGUGUUCUGAGUGAUGUCAAACUAUCACCAAAAGACAACCUCAAAAUGCAGGAUAUCAUCUAUCAGCAGUCAAAGGUGCGAGAAUCUCCUAUUUCUGCUAAAAAGGGUGCCACUGAUUUGAUAAGAAACUCCGAUGGCACAGAGGAUGAUAAUUCGAAGCGCAAUGAAGGCGUCAGAGUGGCCAAAACGAGUGUUAUACGAAUGGUAACGUCAGCUUCAGCACCACUGCCCAUGGUGCCGGUGAUAAAGAUUGAGGAUGAUACGGAGGAGCAGCAAAAGCCAAUUGAGGAAGAUAAGAAACAAGAAACACUGCCAACAUCCUCAAGCAACUUCUCCCCAGUAGCUCCACGGAAAUACCUCGCAAAAGCACCAAAGAAGCUUGUUGUGAAGUUUAAGAAUCCCAUUGUAAUACAUGACACGCCAGAUGAGGUUAAAAUUGAGCCAGCGCAAGAGGUGGAGAUUAAUAAAAUUCCCCAGAACGUGCCCUCGACGUCAAAAGCAGGCCAGGAAGUCGUAGCUCAGGAAUCCAUUGAUGUGGAUGAGGAAGAAGUAAAAUCGGAGGAUGGUACUGUGAAGGAAGAUGUGCAGGAAAGGCAGGAAAAUGAUCAAGAGAGUGAAGAGAGUCAUCGGAAGGAGGAAGAUGUAAGCAAUAGUGUUGAUCUCACUGCAAACACAUGCCAGGAAGAUUCUACAAUGAAGGAGGAGGACAAAGAUGAAUCUGUGCAUGAGGCUGAUAAUGUUAUUGUAUUGGAGGACAAUGAGGCGGUUCCAGAGGUACCGAAUAAUGAUGCAGAAAUGAAGGAAACAUACACAGUUAUGGAGAUUCCCAUAGAAACGUCGGAAGUUGUGUCUUCUCAGGAAAACGUGAAGACAGAAGAGGGAACUCAGCCAAUUGAAAUUCACGAAGAUCAAUCGGAGGUCUUUACAAUUGAAGAAGUUGAAGUGGAAGAGGAGAAAAGCAACAAAAUCUUCCCCUCGUGCUCAUCAUCUUCAUCCUCCUCCUCGUCUGCUGGGACUUCAGCUUCAUCCUCAAGUAGCUCUUCAACAUCCUCAUCGGCUGGCACGUCGUCAAAUCGUGCGGAAUUUGUUGCUCCAAACUCUCAGGGAUUCUUCGAGGAAGCUGCUGGACCAAGUAGAUUUGAUUAUGGAUUUACCGAAUUUCUGGGCUACAAUGAGAGCGAAGGGGAGAUCUUCUCAAAUGAUCGUUCAGUGCGCUUCUCUCCGAUGGGUAUUAUGAAUGAGGAUCUCUCCUGGGAGCAGUACACUCAGCUGGAGAGCAAUCAGAAUUCCUAUGUGGAUCUCGAUACAUGUCGAACGCAUUCAAUGGGUGUGAGUCGUGCCCCCUCAGCGGAUAGCCUCAAUAUCCGGACGGAUGAGAAGAUGCCAGCCAAGGGAGAGAUUUCUGAGCAAGAGAGCAAUGGUGAUAUCGAUGGACUCUGGAAUAUUCCUGUUUAUCCAAAUUCGGAUGCAGUGCCGAGAUUCUCAAGUUCGUACGAUAUGUCCGUGGCCAGGGAGAGCUGGAGUUUGAGUAGUGAUCAAAAUAAUCAUCAGGAUGCCUCCGAAAUUGCCACUCACAUCAUCCCGAAAUUCACAUCUCUCACUGCGGAAAAUGAUGAGGAUCAGAAGAGUCUGGUCCCACUUCUCGGUGAUCUGGAUAACACAUCAACCUUCAAGAAGACAACCAAAAAGUUGGUCAGCAAACCUCCCGGGAGGAUGCUUAAGUAUCCCUGUUCCAUGUGCUCCAGAUCAUUUAGACUCUAUCGCCAAAGGAAGUAUCAUCUAAUGAAUGAGCAUCAGGAGGUGUUGGCUGCACAGAAGAAGAUCAAGAGAGCCAAUUGCAAGAUCAAAACGGAACCACCGGCUGCAACUGUGACAACAACCACGGAAGCCAGCGUGAGUCAGUCGGAGGAUGAAAAGACAUCAAACUACCCCACCUCGACUUUCUUCAUUGAUUUCAACCUCAAGCAACUUAAGGAGAAGCAAACCUUCUCCACUGAGAUGCAAAAUCUCAUCACGGCAUUCAAGACGAAACGUUUUUACUUCUGUAUGACGUGCAAGGGGCAAUUUUCGAGGAUUCGCGACUACGACAAGCACUUGUCCAUCCAUCCGUCUGAAUGCUAUUCGUGCGGGAAGAUGUUCAAGAGCUGGAAGUCACUGUUGAUUCACCUCAAACGGCAUUUGGGGAUCAAUGAGUACACCUGUCGACCGUGCAAUAAGCAAUUCUCCAGUCGGCAGAGUUUGGCUGAGCACGAGCGGAUGCACUCGGGGGAGAAUCCGAUAAAGUGCCCCCUGUGCCCACGUACAUUCCGUCGACAGUCGAAUUUGCUGCAGCAUCGAAAUAAUCAUCACAUGAAGAUACGCCCACGACUCAAGGACUACCUCUGUCACUGUGGGGAGGUGUUUCACACAAAGGCAAAAUUCCUGUGGCACAAGGAGACGCACGAGAAGAUCCCCAAGGGGUGCCCCUUCUGCCGGGAGCGCUUCAUUCACCGCAACAGCUUGUCGCGUCACAUCCGCCUAGCACAUGCGGAGAAGUACAUUGAGAUUAAGAAGGAAACAGUGGCGUGUCACAUUUGUCACAAGCACUACCUGAAGACGAGCAUAAAGACACACCUGAUGAUUCACACGGAGCAGGUGAACUUUGAGUGUAGCAUCUGCAAUAAGACAUUCAGCACAAAGUGGAAUUUGAAGAUGCACAAAUGGAUACAUGCGAGUCGUUCGGCAAUGCCAUUCAAGUGUCCAACGUGCCCAAAGGCAUUUAUACGUCAGAGCGAUCUGCAGGAUCAUCUGAAUCGCCACAAAUCCAUCAAACCCUUCACAUGUGACUACUGCGGGUGCCAAUUUGGGCGGAAGUACAACUGGUUGCGUCAUACACGUGAGCAUAUCACAGAGAAGCAGCACACGUGCAAUAUUUGCGGUAAAUCCUUCCACCGUGCGUACUAUCUGAAGGAACAUUCACGUUCGCACACAAAUGAGCGCCCCUAUGAGUGCAUCAUUUGCGGAAAGACUUCAGCCACAAAAACAAAUCACAAUAAACACGUGAAGAUUCAUCAUGCCAGGGAUCCUCUCACGGCUGAGGGGUAAGCGACGAUGAUGAAAAUGUAAAUACAUUGAAUUUUUCUCCCACAAAGGACUCACGAUUGGAUUUUUUGGACUAUUCAACAUACAAUAUUUAAGGACAUGAGCACUUUUUUUUGCUUUGAAUUCUUUUACAAAAUUUGACCUCAUUCAGGUAAAAAAUUUAUUUUUUCUGGUAAAAAAUUCAUUAUAUUUUGUAGAUUCAAAGAUUCUCUCUUUGAUAAAUAAAUUGAAAUAUUUUAUUUUUUUCUUAAUAAAAUUCUCAAAAUUUAAUCCGCAUUGCUCCUCAAAUUAAUUUUACAAGAAAAGAAGUAAAAUCAUUAGAAUUUUGUAGCUUUUAUGUUUAUAAAAAAAUCGUGAUAAACGCGAUAUCCCACAUUAUUGUUUUAAUUUCAAAAAAAAAAUAUUAUUGAUAGAACAUUAAUCGACGUAAAAAAUAAAUCUAAACUAGAUGUAAAAGGUAAAGAAAAAAUCCCACAUUUGAUUAAAAAAAUAUUACAUUACAUUAGUAUGAAAAUCAUAAACGUUAAGAAUACCAAGUAAAACAACAACAAAAAUAGCCAAUUAAUUAAAUAAGAUAAUAAAAGAAGAUUUAAAUUUAAUUGCGUGGGUAUAUGCAAUGCAUUUAUAAUAUUGUGUGGUAUGCAUGAGAGUGAGAUGAAGAAAAAAAUAUUAAAUAUUUGUGGAUGUGAUUUGCAUUAAUAUCUUUUUAUUAGAAUACAAUGUAAUGUUUCUUUUUUUCUUAAAAAUAGGAUUAAAAAAAAGAGAAAAUUUAUUAUUAAUAAUUUUUCAUCAUUUCCCUCGGAGAUGUGUUUCAUUUUAGCUCAAUAAGGCUUUGUGUAGUUUUUAAGGCUCAUCAAGUGAGAUUUAUUAAUUAUUGUAUACACGUGUAAGGAUUUCCCGGAAGGGUUAAUAGUGUUUUCUGCAAAAAUAAAAAUUAUGCAAUCGAUAGGAAUUAAAAAGAAAAUUGAGAAAAUGAA